AGGUGGCCUUUUUUUUCGGAGGAAGGGCUACGUGUGUUGAUGGCUUUCAAACAAAUGCAUGUGAGGGAGAGCCUCGCCCCACUCUUCAACCGUGAAAACUCAUGCCUUUUAGCUACCAAGACACCACUUUCACAAUUCAUUCUUGCACUCGCCAGCUCUAGAGAAUGAAAAUGUGAGAGGAGAAGAUUUUGAGAACUUUGCAUGCUUAUGUUAGAGUUUGAUUUUGGUUUCAAGCUGCAAGGCAAAAGUGAAGCUUGCAAGAAGAGCAAACCAAUGAGCUAGGUUCAUAAUUAAUAAGGCGCAAACGAAGAACCAAACAGGCACUAAGUUUGUUCACUCUUCUUUGUCCAAGGUUCUCUUGUUGAAAUGGAGUAUGCUGACUGCUUCAAACAGCAGGCUAAGAGAACAAAAUAUGAUUGCCUUCUUUUUGAUUUAGAUGAUACUUUGUAUCCCCUCAGUUCUGGUCUUGCAAAAGCAUGUCACCAAAAUAUUAAAGAUUACAUGGUGGAGAAGCUUGGCAUAGAACCAAAGAAAACUGAUGAAUUGACCAACCUCCUUUACAAUAACUAUGGAACUACUAUUGCUGGCCUAAGGGCAAUUGGAUAUGACUUUGACUAUGAUGAAUAUCACAGUUUUAUUCAUGGGAAAUUACCUUAUGAGAAUUUGAAACCAGACCUGGUUCUGAGGAACUUGUUGCUAAGCCUCCCCUAUAGGAAACAUAUCUUCACAAAUGCAGACAAAGUCCAUGCAAUUAAGGUACUCUGCAGGCUUGGAUUAGAAGAUUGCUUCGAAGGAAUCACAUGCUUUGAGACCCUUAAUCCAAUUCACAAGAGCAUUGCUCUGGAUGAUGAAGAGAAUAACAUUGUGUUUGUUGGUUCAAAUGGUGCAAGCUGCUCUAAAAUCUUUGACAUCAUAGAGCACUUUGCUCAGCCUGAUCCUAGUGCAGACUUGCCAAACACACCAAUUAUAUCCAAGCCUUCACAGAAAGCCAUUGAAUUGGCUCUCAAGAUAGCCAACCUUAACCCACACAGAACCUUGUUCUUUGAGGACAGUGUCCGCAACAUUCAAGCUGGAAAGCGCACGGGUCUUCACACUGUGCUGGUUGGUACAUCCCAGAGAGUGAAAGGUGCAGAUUAUGCCUUGGAAAGCAUUCACAACCUAAGUGAGGCACUGCCUGAACUAUGGGAGGUUGGGAUGAAAUCAGAAGUUGCAUGCCCUGAGAAGCCUGCUGUGGAGACAACAGUCACUGCUUGAGACCAUGAAAGGAAGCACUUCUAAUCACUGUAAAAUAGAAUAAAAAGGAUAAAGCCGACCUGGAUUCCCCAACUCCUUCAGAUGUAGUAACAAUAAUUGAUGUUGAUAUUUUGUUCAGUUUAUAAAAAACUCACUAUGUAAAAUAAAUUGUCCUUUUCUGUC